AGAGCCACGUGCAUUCUCCCGGGACUUCACAGUGACUCUCUCCCGGGCCGCCUUUCGUAUCUCACCGACAUGGCGCCCCUGUCCCUGCCCCUGUCGUCCCUCCUCAGACACAGGGAGUGUCUCCACAGGACCGCCGUCUUCUGCAGCGUCAUGCAGGGUUCACACCAGCGGCCCUUCUCCUCCAGCUCCCGCUCAUGGAGACGGAGUUUCGGUUCGGUCCAGCUCCUGUCACGGCAGCAGCAGCAGCAGCACGGAGCAUCAGUGUGUCGCAGCAGCUCCUCUUCAAACGGCCAGGACAUGACGGAGAGACUGUGGUCUGUUUACAAUCAGACCAAGAAGCAGACGGAAGAUAUGAUUCCAGCGAUUUGCGCCAACUCCGUCAACCCCAACACCAUUUUUGCAAACAACGAGAUGAGCCUGCGGGACAUCGAGAUCUACGGCUUCGACUAUGACUAUACCCUCGCCUUCUACUCCAGCCACCUCCACACCCUGAUUUUUAAUAUAGCCCGGGACAUUCUUAUCACUAACCACAGGUAUCCAGAGGGUCUGCGGAAGUACGAGUAUAUUCCAAAUUUUGCAGUGAGAGGACUUCACUAUGACGUGCAAAAGGCGCUGCUAAUGAAGAUAGAUGCUUUUCACUACAUCCAGCAGGGAACUGUAUACAGGGGUCUGCAUCCAGUUUCUGAUGAGGAAGUAAUUGCCAUGUAUGAAGGUUGUCACGUACCUCUAGAGAUCAUGAGCGACUUCUAUGGAAAGAGCUCCCACGGCCACACCAUGAAACAGUUCAUGGACAUCUUCUCCCUGCCUGAGAUGAACCUCCUGUCCUGCGUCAAUGACUUCUUCAUGAGGCACAACAUCGACUACGAGCCAGUCCAUCUCUACAAAGACGUGAAGGAAGCCAUUAGAGAUGUUCACGUCAAGGGCAUUAUGUACCGAGCUGUGGAGGCAGAUAUUGGUAAAUACAUUUGCUAUGGUGAGCAAAGCCAUGCUGUGCUGAAGAAGCUGUCAGAGAGUGGAAAGAAAAUGUUCCUCAUCACCAACAGUCCCUUUGACUUUGUGGACCGAGGAAUGAACUUCAUUGUAGGGAAGGACUGGAGGGACCUGUUUGAUAUUGUUAUUGUUCAGGCCGACAAACCCAGUUUCUUCAACGACAGGAGAAAACCUUUCAGGCGAGUGACAGACCAAGGUGCGUUGCUGUGGGACAGGAUUCACAAGCUGGAAAAAGGGCAGAUCUACAAACAGGGAAACCUUUAUGAGUUCCUGAGACUCACCGGCUGGAGAGGAUCCAAAGUCCUGUACUUUGGUGAUCACAUCUACAGCGACUUGGCAGAUCUAACACUGAAACAUGGCUGGAGAACAGGUGCCAUCAUCCCUGAGCUGAGGAAAGAGAUCAAGAUCAUGAACACGGAGCAGUAUGUGCACAUGAUGACCUGGCUACAGGCACUGACUGGACUCAUUGAGCAGAUGCAGGUGCACAGGGAUCCUGCGUCCCAAGCUGUCGUUGAGGAGUGGAUCAGAGAAAGAGAGGCCAUGAGGCCACAGACGAAGGACAGCUUCAACCCCCAGUUUGGGAGUCUUUUCCGCACCUACCACAACCCCACGUACUUCUCACGCCGACUGUCGCGCUUUGCCGACAUCUACAUGGCCUCUAUCAGCUGCCUGCUCAACUACGACUUCCAGCACACCUUCUUCCCCCGCCGUAACCCUUUGCAGCACGAGUCCCCCUUCUGGCCUGAGGACAUCCUGAAGGUCUGAGCGUCUCCACGCUGCACCGCAGGACCAAAGCAGCGUCUGAUUAGAAAGAGACAGAGACAGAGACAGAGAGAAGAAGAGAUUGUUAAAAGAAUUAACAGGAAUGAAGGAAUUUUAUUGCUGAUUUUAAACAACUUGAAAUAAGGUAUUGUAGAAGAUGCAUGCCACAUUUGAGGUCAUGCAUAAUUGUCUAACUAUCACAUUAAGUGUUGAUGUUUAUUACGUUAGAAUAAUGUAUUUUCUGAGCUAGUGGUGAAGGUCAGUGUAAGAUGUGAACUGUGGGUGGUUAAGGUUUGGGUUAGGCAUGAAUUGCUCCUGGAUAUGGUUAGGGAUAAGGUUCUGGUUUGGCUGUCCACACAAAGAAUGGGAGUCAAUGCAAAGUCCUCAUAAGGCCAGCUGUGCAAACCUGUAAGUGUGUUGUGUAUGGGAGAGAGCGAUUUUGGUGCAAGAUUAUACGAAUAUAAUGCAACAGUUUAAACAAUAGGGGGCAGUCAUACAUCAAGUCUGUCAUGCUGUGAAUUCUUCACCAUCUGUAAACAUUAUCUUUGCCUUUUUUGUCCUAACAGCAAGUUUAAAACUGAGAUAUGACAUUUGAAUUACAAACUCUGUUGCCUUAAUCUCAUGCUCACGUUACUGCCGUGUAUAUAUUUUUGUAACAGCCUGAUGUUAUUUCUGUCAAGCCUUUAGGUUAAUUUCACCUUGAGUUGAGAUCUUGUGAUGUCAGAUUUUUUCUCUUGUUUUAAUAAUAUUUGGCACAGCCUGUGUGUCUCUCCGAAGCAAAUGAGAGAUGUUAAUAUUAGUCGGGAGAAAAUAGAGUGCCGGUGCUAUAUUUAGCACGCGUGUUGCUAUUUGAUCUGUGCAGAGUUUCGAGGAUUUCUCUCUGUUUUCUUUUUUCUUUUUUUCCUGAAAAUAUGUUAAAUGCUCUCACCCAUGCUAGAAUCUACUGUUGAACAAGUUAAAAAGGGAAAGCAUAUACAUCUCCACCAGUGACCACACAGUACCUCAUGGUUUGCUUUAUUCAUUUGAUUGUGUUGUGUUUGUCCUGAUGUGUAUUUUUAUUUCAUUAUUUAUUAAAAUGGAAAUGGCUUAAUAA